AUGAUGAAUAGGUGUGUGUAUAUCUAUCUAUCUAUCUAUCUAUCUAUCUAUCUAUCUAUCUAUCUAUCUAUCUAUCAAAGGCAGGGUGCCAUAUCUAUCUAUCUAUCUAUCUAUCUAUCUAUCUAUCUAUCUAUCUAUCUAUUUAUCUAUCUAUGUAUGUAUGUAUGCUUCUACGUUAUAUAUAUCACUGUUUUUGUUUGGCUAUAUCUAUCUAUCUAUCUAUCUAUCUAUCUAUCUAUCUAUCUAUGCUUCUAUGUUAUAUAUAUCACUGUUUCUGUUUGGCCAUAUCUAUCUAUCUAUCUAUCUAUCUAUCUAUCUAUCUAUCUAUCUAUCUAUCUAUCUAUCCUAUUUCUAUCUAUCUAUGUAUGUAUGUAUCUAUGCUUCAUCGUUAUAUAUAUCACUGUUUUUAUUUUAAACCUUCAUAUCUAUCUAUUCAUCUAUCCAUCUAUCUAUCUAUCUAUCUAUCCAUAUCUAUCUAUCUAUCUAUCUAUCCAUUCUAUCCAUCCAUAUAUAUAUCACUGUUUCUGUUUCAUUUUAUCUAUCUAUCUAUCAUCCAUAUCAUCUAUCUAUCUAUCUAUCUAUCAUCUAUCUAUCUAUCUAUCCAUCCAUUCAUCUAUCUAUAAACCCAUCCAUUCUGUUUCCAUCCAUCCAUCUAUCCAUCCAUCAUCUAUCUUAUCCAUCUAUUCAUUCAUCUAUCUAUCCAUCUCCAUCUAUCUGAUUUAUCUAUCUAUCUAUCAUCCAUAUCUAUCUAUCCAUCUAUCUAUCUAUCUAUCUAUCUAUCUGACUUAA